CAGAGACCAAAGGGCAAUAAAACCUCACUGCCCAAGCAGUCAGCACAGAGCAGGACUCAGGUGUCACUUGGGAAGCAGAGCGCACCUGUUCCUCUCCUGAAGGAGGAUGGAGAAAAAAGAGCCAGGGACGCCUCCACCCCGGGAGGGGCGGCUCCAACCCACACUGGUGCUGGCCACGCUGAGUGCAGCCUUUGGCUCGGCCUUCGAGUACGGCUAUAACAUCGCCGUGGUCAACACGCCACACAAGGUCUUGAAGUCCUUUUAUAAUGAAACCUUCUUCGAGCGACACGGAACCUUCAUGGACGAGAAGGUCAUGCUGCUGCUCUGGUCCUGCACUGUGUCUGUGUUUCCUCUGGGCGGCUUGGUGGGGUCGCUGGUUGUUGGCCUGCUGGUUGACAGAUGUGGCAGAAAGGGGACCCUGCUGAUCAACAACGUCUUCGCCAUCAUCCCCGCCAUCCUGAUGGGAGUCAGCAAAGUGGCCAAGGCUUUCGAGCUGAUCAUCUUUUCUCGAGUGAUGCUGGGAGUCUGUGCAGGCAUCUCCUACAGUGCCCUUCCCAUGUACCUGGGAGAGCUAGCACCCAAGAACCUUAGAGGCACGCUGGGAACAAUGACAGAAGUUUUUGUCAUCAUGGGAGUCUUCCUAGCACAGAUCUUCAGCUUGCAGGCCAUCCUGGGCAACCCCACAGGCUGGCCUGUGCUCUUGGCCAUCACGGGAGUCCCUGCACUGUUUCAGCUCCUCUCUCUGCCCUUCUUCCCCGAGAGCCCCCGUUACACUCUGAUUCAGAAAAGAGAUGAAGAAACAGCGCAACAAGCUCUGCGGAGGCUGAGGGGCUGGGCAGAUGUGGAGGACGAGAUGGAGGAGAUGCGUGUGGAGGACCAGGCCGAGCAGGCCGAGGGCCGCCUGUCCGUGCUCAACCUUUUCACUUUCCGGCCUGUCCGCUGGCAGCUCAUCUCCAUCAUAGUGCUCAUGGCCGGCCAGCAGCUCUCCGGGAUCAAUGCGAUCAACUACUACGCGGACACCAUCUAUGCAUCGGCUGGCGUGGCGGCCACUCACUCCCAGUACAUAACGGUGGGGGUCGGCGUGGUCAACAUACUAAUGACCGUCAUCUCGGCGAGUACUGUGGAGCGGCUGGGGCGGCGGCGCCUCCUGCUGGUCGGCUAUGGCAUCUGCGGCUCCGCCUGCCUGGUGCUGACACUGGCGUUGCUCUUCCAGAGCGCGGUGGCUGAGCUGUCAUACCUGAGUGUCAUCUGUGUCUUCGCCUACAUCGCCGGACAUUCCAUAGGGCCCAGUCCUGUCCCCUCCGUGGUGAGGACAGAGAUCUUCCUGCAGUCCUCGCGGCCGGCCGCCUUCUUGGUGGACGGGGCUGUGCACUGGCUCACCAACUUCAUCGUGGGCUUCGUGUUCCCAUCCAUCCAGGAGGUCAUUGGCGCCUACAGCUUCAUCAUCUUUGCGGGUAUCUGCCUCCUCACGGCUGUUUACAUCUAUGAGGUCAUUCCUGAGACCAAGGGCCGAACAUUUGUGGAGAUAAACCGAAUUUUUGCCAAGAGAAACAAAGUAGAGAUUCCAGAGAAAGGAGAAGAAGUCACAGAUGCUGGCCGUCACCUUCCAUCUCUCCCUGCCAAAGAGACGUCCUUUUAGUGGCCCUUCAAGGCUUCCUUCUCUGAGGAGGGGAACUCUCUGCCCCAGGUCCUGAGGGAGGGUAAUAGCCGUGAGGUUUCCUGCCCGAGGCGGCAGCAGUGGGAAGCCAGUGGGAUGUUUGGUCCCUGAUUUGGUUGAGAAGUGGGUGGUUAGCCACCAACGCUAACCCUGGGAGGAAUGACGUAGGGGAUGGGCAGGUUUGUGAGAAUUGAUCAGCAAGAAUAGAUUCUCUGCUUCUACAUCAGCAUCAAAACUUGAGUGAUGGAUGGAUGCCUUUUUUUUUUUUUUAAAGACUGAACCCGCAGCACAUGGAAGUUCCUGGGCCAGGGAUUGGGUCCAAGCCAUAACUUCAACCUAUGCUGCAGGUGCAGGAAGGCCAGAUCCUUUAACCCACUGCACCUUGCAGGGGUCCUUUACUCGCGUUCCGAUGGUUGAUGCUAAAAUUGACACACGACCUGGGCUUCAUCAUACCUUAGUAGCUGGAUUCCUGGGAGGCGGGAGCAGAGGAAGAGAGAGAAAUGAAAUUGCGGACAGACUCACACCCAUAGCUUUGAACGUCACGUAGAUAGCAUUCGUUCUGCCACAUUCUGUUCUUUAGAAACUAGUCACUCAUUCCAGCCCACGCUGAGGGUGGGUGGAGUCAGAAUGCAAGUCUCGAGCAGAGGCAUGUCAAAAAAAAAAUUGCCGGAGUUCCCGUCGUGGCGCAGUGGUUAACGAAUCCGACUAGGAACCAUGAGGUUGCGGGUU